AUGUUCACCACUAGACUCCGACCAACUAAAAUGAGUACAAAUGGUAGAACAAGGUCAGCGAGGACUAGGUCCUCAACUUUAGAUUCAAACAACUCGACUACAACAAAUCAUCAAAAAUGUUAUUUCCACAAAUCAACUCAAACACCAUCAUCAAGAUCAUCAAUGUUAAUACCCUCUCAACUAAAUGCAUUAUUACAAUCAGAUAAACAAAUUAAAUAUCAUUUUCAUAGUUUAGGAGGAGAUUUUAUAAGAUUAUCUUCGUAUCGUAGAUUUAAACAAUUAUUUACUGUUGGGGGAGGAUCAUUAAUUAAAGAAAUUGUAUUUGAUUUAUCAACUUUUUUAAAAAGGGAGUUGAAUGAUGAAAAAUCAGGUAUCCAUUUAGAAUUGAAAAAUUUUUUAACUUCUAACAACUCCAUAUUACAAAAAAGGGAAAAAAUAUGGUGCUUAUGUGAUCAUCAAUUUGGAUUGAAAAAUUGGCUUUAUAUUAUAUUUGGGUAUAUGUUACAAAAUUAUAAUGAAGAAGAAGUUCAUGAAUGUUUGGAUGAUAUAAUUAAAAUGUAUUUAAAUGCAAGAAAAAAUAGAUUAUCACCGGAUGAAGUUAGGAUAAUAAGAGAUGAAAGAGAUAUCUUUACUUUGAAAACUUUUAAAAAUUAUAUUGAUAAUGUUGGAGUACAAGAAGAAUUAUUGUAUGGAUCAUCAAUUACAAGGUUUGUAUCAUUUACUGAAGCAAACAAUAAAAGAAUAUAUUUACCACCAUUACCUAAAAUUCAUAAUAGAGAAUUAUUAGUUAAAGCAUUAAUGCAUAAAGAGUUUUAUAGAGUUUUGUUAGAUCCAAGACAUCAAUUUGCAAAAGUCAUGAAAUCUCAAAAUUAUGAUUUAUUACCUAAUGAAUAUGGAAUUAUACGUAAAGAAAUUUCAUUUCUUGAUGGAUUAGGUGAUUUUUUUUUAGCUCAAGAAACUUCAAAAUUAAUUUAUGAUUUAUGUACAACCACAACAACUUCAACAUUAAAUUUAAAUGUUAAUUCAACAACGUAUAAUUUAAUUAAAACCAUUUUGGCUACAAAUACAUUAAUGUCAAAAUUAACAAAAUGUUAUAAUUUAUAUCAGGCAUUAGAUGAUCCAAUAAUUAAUACAAGAAUAUCAGAUGAAUGGAUUCCUUAUACAACAUUGGGGAAAUUAUUACCUGAAAAAGAUUUAAAUGAGGUAAGAAUUUAUGAAGAAGAAUUUUUAGGUGAUUUUUUUGAAAGUUAUAUGGCUGCUUUAUUAAUUGAACAACCUGCGACGGCAAAAAAAUUUAUAAGAGAAAUUUAUAAAAGGUUGUUAUCCGUUAUUACUGAGACUUUACCACCUCAAGUUACUUAUCAGAAUUGGACUAUGAAUAUUUUGGGAAGGAAUAUUUAUUGUAAAAAAGAAGUUGUUUAA